AUGCCUAAGAACAAUUUUCAAUUUAAAAGUGUAAUUGAUGAUUAUGGAAAAGUUCUCUCUGUUAGUGCUUCUCUUGUGUACUCAGCUAUAAGGACACGUACAGUCCAGUUUCCCUGUUCCAUUAACAUUAAAAUACCUCUUUUUCUUUGCGAUUAUUAUGUUGCAAUGGGUAUAAUGGACAGUGGGGUAUUUGACUCAUUUGGAGUUCCAAAGAUUAGUGUCCAAGUUGGGAAUUUCAAGGAUACCAUUAUAUCUCAGAAAUAUGAUUCUCACCAUCUAAAACACUCAAUAGUACUUCUUACUCUUAAUGGAAAUGAUUAUGCUGCUAUAAAUGGAACAGAGAAGUUUGUCAAGAGCGUUAUAAUAGAGAUGAAACUGCAGCUCACAGAGCUUUAUAAUCUUGGGCUAAGGAAUUUUCUGGUAUCAAAUAACAUGCCCUUUGACUGUCAAACGGGUUAUCUACAGUCUGGAGCAGUAUGCUUCAACACAACAAUGGAAUUAGUGUCCACCCACAACAACUAUCUAUCACAAGCCAUUUCAGAGCUGAGUGUACUUGAAGAUGCCAACUUCCUCAUCCUUGAUUUCUUUGCAGCCUUCUCUCAUAUUACCUUGAACCCAUUUGCAUAUGGAAUCCAUGAGAUGAGUAGAUCGUGCUGUUCUAGAGAUGUAAACAUGAAUAGCUCCACUAUUGGGUGUGCUGAUUAUGAUGAACAAGGAAGAGCUCUUUCUCAUCUCUGCAAGUCUCAAGAGGAAUUUUUCUUUUUUGAUUGGUACCAUCCUACUCAGAAGGGAUGGCAAGUGAUGUUAAAUCUUCACUACUCCCAUUGUGGGUUUGUUCAAGAUGGCUCUUCUUCUCCUCUUCAAUCACUAGCAAAAUGGCUUUUUGAGAGGGUGGGCUUGGAUUCUUAUCCUCCCAAUUUUUCAAAAAAAAGAAUGAAUAGCAAAGUGAAUGAAAAAGUAUACAUAGAAAAGUGA